UAUUUAUAUUCCAAAGAUUUUCGAUUUCUUUCACAACUCAUUUAAAAAUGACAGAUUGCGAAGGAAAGAGUUCAUGGCCGGAGCUGGUAAGACAGAGAGGAGAAGAUGCAGUGGUAACGAUAGAGAGAGAGAAUCCACGAGUGGAUGCGUUUGUGAUACUGGAUGGCUCUCCAGUGACUGCGGACUUUCGAUGCGACCGAGUCCGAGUUCGUGUGAACUCUCGUGGGAUUGUCGUCCGAACUCCCUCAAUUGGCUAAGCUAUCUGCAUGUCUUUGGUUUGAGAUUAUGAAUUAUAUGGUGUAUGAAUGCAUUAAUAAUAAAUGAAUAAAAUAUGGAGCCUAUGAGUUUCAUAUCUAUUAAU